UUAUGAUUAUCUGUGGGUUUAUGUUCUACUGAGCUUAUCAAAUCACAAUUUUUCACGUUUUUAUUCCAUUUAAAAUUUUUCAAGUUAAUAUUUUAGGAUUUCUUUGGAAUCAACGUAAAUACAAGAAGUAGUAUCAUACAUAUUCCUCCAAAAUGAAAGUGGAGGCAAGUGAAAUAGAUGAGACUAUUAAAUGUUCCGAAUUUGGAGAGAAUUUCAAGAAUCAAGUUGAAAAAAUUGAAGAUAUUGAUAUAUCCGAACAAUUCAUCGAUGAAAAUGGCGUUCAUGACAGGACAGUAUACUUGGAAAAUAUUGACAAUGAAUCAAGAAAUUCAUCUAAAGACAAUAGUUUUCAUAAUGAUUCUUUAAAAACAGAAGAAUUUCACCAAAUCCAUAAAGAAUCUCUCCAUUCCAAUAUGAAGCAACAUAAGUGUCACAUGUGUGAUUAUGUUGCAAAUAAGAAAGGGCAUCUCAAAUCACAUUUAGAUGCAGUUCAUUUGAAAUUGAAGAAACAUAAAUGUCAACUGUGUGAUUAUGCUACAAAUCGAAAAAAUGUUCUCAAGCACCAUAUAACUUCAAUUCAUUUAAAUUUGAAGACACAUGGGUGCCACCUUUGUGAUUUUGCUACCAAUCUUAAAGCGAAUCUCAAAACACAUUUAGAUUCAGUUCAUUUGAAAUUGAAGGAACAUAAGUGUCACCUGUGUGAUUAUGCUGUGAAUCGGAAUGAAAAUCUUAAAAGACAUAUAGAAUCAGUUCAUUUAAAAUUGAAGGAACAUGAAUGUCAUCUGUGUGAUUAUGCUGCAAGUCGCAAAGUGCAUCUGGAGAGACAUUUAGGUUCAGUUCAUUUAAAUUUGAGGGAACAUAAGUGUCACCUGUGUGAUUAUGCUGCAAAUCAGAAAAUGCAACUCAAACGACAUUUAGAUGAUGUUCAUUUCAAAUUGAAGGAACAUAGGUGCAACCUGUGCGAGUAUGCUUCAGUUCAGAAAAAUCAUCUCAAAGCACACAUGAAAGCUGUUCAUUUGAAUUUGAAGAACCAUAAGUGUCACCUGUGUGAAUAUGCUGCAUAUCAGAAAAUAACUCUCAAACAACACAUAGAUGCUGUUCAUCUGAACUUGAAGAAAUAUAAGUGUGACCAAUGUGACUAUGCUACAAAUUGGAAAAUGUGUCUUAAACAACAUAUAGAUUCUGUUCAUUCAAAUUUGAAACAACAUAAAUGUUAUCUUUGUGAGUAUGCUACCAAUCAAAAAAUUACUCUCAAACGUCAUAUUGAAAUAGUUCAUUUAAAUCUCAAGAAGCAUAAGUGUAACCUGUGUGAAUACACUACAAAUCGUGUACCAUUACUUGAACAACAUAUAAAUACUGCUCAUUUGAAAAUUAUGAAACAUAAGUGUGACCUGUGUGAAUAUGCAACAAAUUGGAAAAGGGAUCUCAAGCGACAUUUAAAUUCAGUUCAUUUAAAACGCAAACACGAGUCCUAAUGAUUAUUCGAAAAGAAAAAACAAUAUUCCUAUUCAAAUAUGGAACAUGUGUCACCAGUGUGAUGAUUAAUGAUAACUCCUGCCACAAUUGUUAUACUGGUAGUGUCAGUAAGUAGAAAUUCGAC